AUGGCAACAGGGGAUCCAGCUGCGUUCCAGGCAUCAUCUCAGGAGGUGAAGCAAAGAGCCUUGGUGAAGGGCAUGGCAAUGAGUCCCUUGGAUGCCAUGAGGGUGUCAGAUCCACAUCAGUCAAAGCCUGACAGCAUUGAGACAGAAAGAGUCCUGACUGUCCUGGAUGAGACCAUUGCCAAGCUGGAGAUGAUCAGGUUGAUCCCAUGGAUUACUGUCUCUCUGAAGAAGUCUGCUGAGAUGUUGGGACCUGAGAUCACUGACAGCCUGAUGGAGCACCAAAAGCUUUCCGAGAAAGUGCAGGAGCUGCUCUCCAGCCUUGAGGCAGAGGAGACCAUGAGAGCUGAGGAGCAACGCCUGAAAUGUUCUGCUAGAGACAUCCUGAGGCUCUUCCUGGCCAACCCUUUGCUGUGCGAGGGGCUGAAAUCUGAGGUGCAGGUGAAACGUUCACCAGCUGAUGCAUUUAUCACAGCCUUUGUGGAGUUCAGGGGUUUCAUGCUGGAAAGACUCCUGACCAGUCCCAUAGAAGAGGAAGAGAAGGUUCAGUUCAUGAGAAACAUCUCCCUCCAAGUUGAGGAAAACACUGCAAUGAUCACAGCUCUGAGGGCAGACCUGGCAGCAGCCACCAGGGCUCGGGAGGAGGAGAUCAACAAGAAGGACAAAGUGAUUGAAGACCUCAAAGCCAGCAUGGAAGACCUGGCCAGAGACUGCAAGGCUAACAUGGAGCAGGUCAAGAUGGAAGGGCACAACCAGCAGAAGAAAGACGUGGAAGCCUCCCAGGCCAGGUGUGCCAGGCUGCAGCAGGACAUUCAGCAACUGAGGGCACAGCUCAGUGCACUGGUGCUGGAGCACAGAGCCUCAGAGCUGCUGCUCAGGAAGAGGAAUUGCAGAGCUGAGACAGAAAUUCAGAACUGGAUCCAGAAAUAUGAUGCAGACAUGGCAGAAAAACAGGCCGAGUAUGAGGAGAUUCAUGCUGCCUACAGCCAGGAGAAGGCUCAGCUGGCCCUGCUGAUGGACAAACAUGCUCUGCUGCUCCAGGAAUAUUCCCCGAUUGACGAGGCGCGCAGAUUGCUUCGGGAGAAGGAGGAGAAGGCUGCGCAGGAGUUGGCCGCCAGGACCCGUGCUGCCAUCUGCAUCCAGGCCUUCUGGAGAGGCUACUUGGUGCGGUCUUUCCUCAGGUCAAAGAGGAAGAAGGACAUGGCCAAGAGCAAGAAGGAGGGGAAAGGGAAGUGGAAGAUGGAAGAGAAGGGGGAAGGGAAGAGGGAAGUGAAGGACAAGAGUGAAGGGAAGGG